UAAAAACACAACGCCUUAAGAAAAACCAAAGUGCUAAAGCAAUGGCGUCCCUUAAAACUAUUCCCUUUUUAGUUUAAACCCUAGCAGCCUUGCACUAAAAUUAUUAAGAAAUCUAAAUUAUGAGUCAAUUCGCCCGAAAGGCUGUGUCAUCGGCGGCAAAAGGCUCACUUGCCGGUUCCCACCACUCCCGCCGUCCUCAACGUGUCAGCCUCCCUCCUUAUGCAUCUCAUGGCAGCGUAGUAAACGCCCAAUUGAAGUCCAAAGUAACACCGCCUACUUCAUCUCAGUUGGGCAAGUUCCUUGGUUUUGUUGAUCCUCCUCGCUCCGAGAUCUCCAAAGUUAUCUCCAAGUUCAUCAAACUCCAUAUUCGCCAGAACCCUGGGAUGAAGAAAAACCGUAAUUUUGAGGAAAAGUUGAUGUCUUUGUUGCAAAACCAACAAAGAAUUGGGAUCCAAGAGAUCUCCAAAGUGCUGUUUCCUAACUGAGACUUCACUCAAGGAGACUGCUGAUUCAAGUCUUGAGAGUUGAGAUUGAGACCCUUUAUUCUACAGUUUUUACCAGCGCAUUUCCUGUUCCAAAUUUUACCCAAUUGGAGGAUAAAUUCGAAUAUUCAUAUAUAAAAUAAAUGGAUUGUGGUAUUGGCAUUUGAA